ACCAAUUUCGAAACGGAAGAAAUUACUUGAAAUAUUAUAAUUGUUCUAAUCGGAAAUGUAUUGUACAGUCUCGUUCUAAAAUUAUCACAUGAUUAUAUAAGAGGGAUUAGCGAAUACUUCCGUCAAUAUUGAUACCCUCGAGAACGAACAGCUUACUUUUAUUCGUACAUAUAAGAGGAUAUGGAAUAUCGAGGAGGAAAUCAAUUAUACCCAGAGAUUAACUAUGGAUCUACUACCUCUCAACAACCUCAAAGUUACCACCAACCAGCACAGCCUCAACAAUCCAACAUGUUUAACCAACCAAUUGUCCAGCAACCUCAAAUGCAGAAUAAUCCUCUAAUGGUCACAGGCUUUGAAGGACAUAGGGAGUGGACCACAGAUCUUUUUGACUGUUGUGCAGAGCCAAAUACAUUUUUACUAACUUGUAUGUGUUAUCCCUGUUCUAUUUGCUACUUGGGAUCACGAAUAGGAGAAACUAUGUGUAUGCCUUUAUUUGUUCCUGCAAGUGACAUUACUCUUCGUAACAAAAUAAGAACUGUUGGUGGAAUCAAGGGCUCAAUGUGCAACGACUGUGCAACAGUAUUAUUUUGUGGUCAAUGUGCCGCCUGUCAAGAACAUAGAGAACUGACAAACAUGGGCGUGUCAUAAAUACUUGUGCUUAUAUUUCUAAAGAUAUGUAAACUUGGAUAAACAUAAUUCCAGAACAAUGUCAUAUUACUUAGAAUGAUAAUUCCAAAAACGAACGCAAACUGUUUAACUCUAUAUAUAAAUAUAUAGAUCUUUUAAAAGUAUUACCGUGAUGGGUAUCGGCAUUUCGUUUUGUCUUUU